GCAAGAUAUGUGAAUUACAUCAAAACCUCUGAAGUUGUCAGGCUGCCAUACCCACUGCAGAUGAAAUCUUCUGGACCUCCUUCAUAUUUUAUAAAAAGAGAAUCUUGGGGAUGGACAGAUUUCCUCAUGAACCCUAUGGUGAUGAUGAUGGUUCUUCCAUUACUGAUAUUUGUGCUUUUGCCUAAAGUUGUCAACACCAGUGAUCCUGAUAUGAGACGGGAAAUGGAGCAGUCAAUGAACAUGCUGAAUUCCAACCAUGAGCUGCCGGAUGUCUCUGAAUUCAUGACAAGACUUUUCUCUUCAAAAUCUUCCAGCAAGUCUGGUACUAGCAGCAGUAAAGCAGGGAAAAGUAGUUCUGGAAAAAGGAGGUAGUUAAGUCUUCCUCCUAAGCCUGAGUUUGCACAACCGUUUGUUAUGUGGUAUCAUGUUUAUUUGUCUUGGAAGAUCAAAAAGCCACUACUGUAAACUUCAAUCAGGCACAAAAUACGGUAUGCUACAACUGUGGUGUGUAGCUUUUUUUAGUCUGUAUAAGCUGUUUUGUACUUGACAGUAAGCAAAAGAGGACAUGGCUUCAAUACUGUAUCUGUAUAAAGUUAUUGAUGAUACUGAAUUAACUAUAUUGUUCUGCAGAGAAUUAUUAUAAAUUAUAUGAUGUGCUAAACAGUAACGAAUGUCUUAAUCAUAAGACAAUGUGUAAAAAAUUCAAAG